AUGGUGAGCACCGAUGCUGUCCGUAACGUUGUGGGGAUCAUAGGGAACGUGAUAUCAUUCGGACUAUUUCUUUCGCCAUUACCAACUUUCAUAAAAAUAUGGAGAAAGAAGGCAGUAGAACAGUUCUCACCAAUCCCAUAUGUUGCGACUCUGCUCAAUUGCAUGCUCUGGGUCUUCUAUGGCUUACCCAUCGUCCACCCAAAUUCAAUACUCGUUGUUACCAUAAAUGGCACUGGUAUUGUGCUUGAGGGUGCUUAUCUUACAAUCUUCUUUCUUUAUGCCCCUAAGGAUUUGAGGUUGAAGGUUUUGAAGUUCCUAGCAGGGGAACUGGCUUUCAUGGCGGUGGUGGUGUCCGUUGUGCUCACGGUGGGUCAUACUCAUGAGAAGAGGACGAUGAUGGUCGGCAUCCUCUGUGUCAUCUUUGGCACUUGCAUGUACGCCUCCCCCCUUACCGUUAUGAAAAUGGUGGUUGUGACAAAAAGCGUGAAGUACAUGCCGUUCUGGCUUUCUUUAGUUAGCUUUCUCAAUGGCGUAUGUUGGACCGCCUAUGCACUUUUGAAGUUCGACAUUUUUAUUACGGUAACGCAUUUCUUUUCUGAUAACUAGACCGUUUUUUCUUUCUUAAACAUCUGCUGUUAAAAUUUGUUGAAGGCUGAUUUGGUGACCCCGUGCAGCUACCGAACGGGCUCGGAGCGCUACUCGGAUUCCUCCAGCUGGUGCUGUACGGAUGUUAUUGCCGAAGUACCCCGACCUUUGA